CGUAAUUGCAUUGUUUCUACGUUAGUUGGAAAAAAUGGCCGUAUUUCAAACGUGCAGAUAUUUUCGUAAGUUUUUUCUGCCUCCAAAGUUAUACAGUUGAGGCUGCGAUUCAUCGGGAUGAUACGAACCUUGUCAAGACCCCAGGCUGACACGUCGCCUGAGGGUGUGGUAUGUAGCCUGUCCUGGGAGACACAUCCAGGCCAGGCACGGGUAUACCCCUCCAACACGAAAACAGACAACACUUUCCAGAUACCACUGUUUCAUAUCUCCGAUGUACCCUUUGACUGGGAUAUCGACCGAUUAGACGGCAGGUGCACCCCUCAAGGGACAAAUCUGACAAACUGCGACGAAAGCAACUCGGAUAUUGGUCAAAACGGACAUUCAGUGAGGGGCAAAGCUAUGCUACAGUCCAAAUAUGCAAAUUUAAGAACAUGUUAUGAAUGCAGUUCACGAGAUACACGACAGAGCCCUGAUGGACCGGCUGUAUCCCCCUGCUCCUCAACAAGCGUGUCCUCAACUGAUGCCGCAUCCAGAUCCACAUCUGCAUCAGACGAAAGGAUGCUGCUGAAGGAAGUGACGUCGAGGAUGCCGUGUAUCGAGUCCGGACAAAGCAUCAUGGCUUCAUGGACGGACAUUCGGGAGAUAUUCUUCCCACAAUGCACCUCGCCUGGAUGCAGCAUUGUUAUGAACGCACUCAAGCUACAGAUGAAGUUCCCACAUACAUCUUUCUUGAUGCACGUGUGCUCCCAGUCAGAACAGAUGGCAUUCCUUCAGCGACACCUUCAUCUAGUGAUGCUAGGGACUCUGCUGGUUGACGUGGAGGCCUUUCUCAAACACAGAUCCUUCCUUCAAGCCAUGGUGGAGAUGAAACACCUUGUGAUAGCCGACGUUAAGAGCAUCAACUGCUGCUAUGGAAAUACUGGCAAUAUGAACAAUGAGCAGGCAUUACAGACACCAACGAAACAGAAUGGGCAUGUGCUUCCAGUAGUGGUUGCUACUGACAACUGUACAGAAUGGACCGGGGAUGGUACAGAAGCUCGUGGUGCCAUGGUCCCUCUCCCCAUGUUACCAGUGUUGUUUCCAAGGUACCAGAGGCAGCUUCUGCUGAUGGCAACACGUUUUAUAACGAUGAAAAGUAGGGCUGUGAUAAGGAGAUGUUCUACUACCGAGGCAAGGACGUUAAAUAUGUGGCAUCUCAACACGCAAGGUUCCAACGACCAGCUGGUUACGUCUAACGAUCUCCUUGUAAGAUGGCAGGAUGUGGUGACAAUUGUAGACCCACUUGUAAAGCACGCGGCAAGGUUUGGGCUCUCCCAGCCACAGCCGUGCAACACCCCAAGCAGCAGCUGCAGCUUGAAGAUCACGAAGCAUCCCAUACAAAACAUAGCUGGUGUCAAGACCAAUCAGACGGUGGGAUCCAAGUCUAAUGAAAAGCAACACAUGUCAUCUGAUGUCACAGCUGAAACAUGGAUGCCUAGAAUACUUAACUGUUACUCUACCUCUGACAAAAGAGUGGACGCCAGUGUGUCCUCAUCGUCAUUUGCACCACCAUCACCAUUAUCAUCAGACAGUAAGGUGCCAGCUGUCCAUCAGGAGCCCAACAAAGACGAAGACAAAACCGAUGUACUAUAUGGAGAAGAUAACUUGGAUCAAAGCCAGAAGGCGCAACAGUACACCACUAUGCAACCAUCUGCAGAUGGUGGGGAUGAGCAUGUGAUGCCCAAGAAAUCCAGCUCGGCAGAACGCUAUAAAGAUACUGAUAGCUCAUCAUCGGCAUCAUCAUGUACUUUAACCCCCGAUUCAUCUGAAUCUGGGACACUUGAUGCUUUUGAGAACCUGUGCCGAACCGGAUCUCCAGAGAAAACCAUUACAAGUAACGGACAGGUUGAUGAAAGACCACUGAGAUCAGAGCAGGUUGAAGCUGAGCAACGAAUGCUCCAAGAUUUAGUGCUAACAACGUUGAAGAGCAAAGAGUAUACUGAAGAAAAACCCAAGCAAAGUAAAGUUUUUCGUAAGGGAAUAAGGAGGAGUGAAAGAAUUCGUGACCAAACAAAGGUGCCAAGUUUACAAGCAACCCGGAAAGUGCCUGACAAGAGAGUGGAUAUAACCAUUGUUGUUCCGUGUGGUUGCGCAGGAGAGACAGCAACGUCUGUGGCUUGUUGUGAAUACCUGGACAGAGAUACUACAAACAGUGAUAAAUGCAGUUCAGCGGGCAAUUCAAUACACAUAAUUGGUGCAGAGGAUAAUAGUAAUGACCCAGGACUUCUUAGUGCCCUUAGUGCCCUUGGCGACGAUCAGACGCAAAGUCUGACGCAUGGUUUCAAAGAUAUUGCAAAUCUGUUUACAGUACUGACAAAUGAAGAAGUCUCCUAUCGGUCAACACAACUCGCCGCUGCUGAAAUAGAAGAUGUGGUAAAGAAAAAUACAAUGUCGAAAAUAAGACAACUUGGAGACCUCUCAAGCAAAGGAUUACAAAUUCCUCUACCUUCUGAUAUUGCCCUUCUUCUUCCUAAAUUGGAAACCAAUAACCCCAGUAAAAGCGCUGAAAAGGAUAUAAGACCAACGGCAAAACUUUCUGCAAAGAAUAGGAACAACUAUCCUGAGAUGAUUAUUUCAGCCCAGAAAUGUUCAUUGGGAAGCAUGACACCAGAUGCCAGACAAACUCAUAACAAAGAAAAUCCAGUGUCUGUGACAGAUAUCAUGAACAGUAUGGAUAAGACCUUCAAUGCUUUUAAGUCCGACCCAGUUGCCCUCGUCAAAGAAAAAAUGAGAUCCUCAAGAAAUCCAACUGGGUAUGUAAAUACAGACUACAUCCGCGUUACUGGCCCUGGCCCUAACAUCACGUUAUCCCUAAACGAGUGCAACCCUGGAAAUCUAAUGAAACACAAUGUUGAAACUAAAUCUAGUGAUGUAAAAUUUAAAGUACCUUCAAAUAUCAAGAUUCAAAUGAACUCGCAGAAAAAUAGCUUCGAGCCGGUUGAGGAUAGCAGAGAUGUAUCAGCUCUUCUGAAGUGUCCCAACCCUGUACAUCAAUGGAGUCUCCUUGAUAACAGAUCUAGCCCCGCAAAGCUCAAGCCACAGUUGAGACCUUUAAUAACAUGUCCUCCGGUAGAUGAUACUGCUGUAUCAAAACCAGAAGUCCCUUCAAAGAUUUCAACUCCCAGAGAUCCCACAGCAUCAAGGACUCUCACGCCAUCCCCUGUGAAACUAGUUCUCAGGAAAACUCGAAGUGAUGGUACGAAUCCAUUAAAAAAGCCACAAUGGAAUAUUAAAAAGGUGAUCAGAGCAUCAAAUGUUUCAAAGAAACCAGGUGCAAGCUGUCGUGAACGAAAGGCAAGAAUGGAUGCAGAUUUCCAUGCUAUGAGAGCACGAGCUAUUGCUAAAGCUGAUUCAGGGUCACCUGUUACAGUUGCAAGACCUACUUUUGCCAUGACCUGUAACGUAAUGAAACCUUCAUGUAACAAGUCAGCUUCAUCAAGUCAAGUUACACGGCCUGUGGCAGUUGCCAAUUUAAGAAAUGGCUUUAAGAAGAAUUCUGAUUUAUCAGGUCAGGUCAGAGUUCCUGUAAAGAAUAACAUGGUUAAGAGUAGGUCAAAAUCUACGUCUUUGGGUCAGAUUCCAGCCCCUGCUGCAUCUGAUACAGUGGAACAUACUGGUCAUUCAGUUCAUGCAGUGCUCUCUUCCCCAGUUAAUAAAAACAAAAAGGAUACCACUACAUCCACUAUGACAGAUUUGUCUAAACACAAGAAUAUAACUGAUCAUCCUAAACUCGUGGAGUCCAGAGUUAACUUGCAGGUAAAAUCUGGAAAACAUUAUGUCGAUUCUCACAGUAUAGUACAGAAAGUGGAUUCUCUCAAUAUUGCUGGUGUUAUACCCCACACCACUCACUCACUCACUCUUGAAAACGGACAAAAAAUGACUGACCCUAAAGACCAGAGUCAACAAGAGCUGGCUGAAACGUCCUGCAGUAAUUUGAAAGAAAAGGUUGCCCAGUCAAAGAAGCGGCAAAGGGUUGGAGAAGCAGAAAUCAGGUGGUCACAAGAGUCAACACUGCCUUUUGAAUCAUCAGACAAUAUAUCAAAAUACUGGUCAGGGUUCCCACCCGGGCAGAUUUCCCGUAGCCUUACUGGACCCAGACAAAGUUUUCCAAGUUAUUCUGUUGAUUACUUCAUGCCACCAGAUAAUGCACCAUCUCAAGAGAAUCUCGCGAGUCGGACUCCAAAUCCUGCACCUACAGUUUGUACACCUGCACCAAGAAUUGUUAAUAUAGUCCCUAACACUGGAAACGACUCUCUGCCAAGCUAUGUCAACUGGCAAAGAAAUAUUCAGCCUAUCAGAUACUUUAUACCUGUCAUUGCAAAUACACCACCAUUCCUGUACCCACCAAGUCAACAGACCAGCUCAGAGGCACAGAGCAGAGAACAUCUUAUAAAUUCAAGGUCGAUGUCUGCAGAUAGAUCAGACUUUGCUCCUCACCAUGAAGGCCAUUAUCUAUCUCAAUCGAGCAGGUCCACCACUUUUGGGUAUAAUGACAGUCAGGUGGCCCCCUAUAUAUCCAACAGAGACACUCCCAGGGCUGCAUACUCAGCAGACACAAGCAACCAUCAUUUGAUCUCUGGUGUUGAUACUGAGCCUUGUGGUAUUAAGCAUGUGCAACUACCAUCUUUCUACAAACCAUUAGAUGAAGACAAAAGUGUAUCAGAAGUGAUCAAUAAGAACACUGCUAACAAGGAAUCUGACGGAGAGAAAAAUGUCAGCAGUGGCAAGAACAAAGAGUCAAUUUCAAAAUUAGAUCACCCUGAUUCCAACACAAACAAGGUACCAGCAGCAGUAUCUCCCAGUCUUGGAAACGUUCCUGCUUUUCCUGAAGCUCAAAGUGCUGAAUGCUGUACUCAUAACACAUCAAGUUGUUCUGAGGUGAACAGUGACAAUGCACUUAAAGUCGUAUCAGGGAUACCAAAGAAUCCUGUAGAGGCUGAAACUUGUAUAUCCUCCAAAUCUACAUCUAUAUCUCCUCUUCCUUCUUUAAGUGGUGCUGCACAAGCUCCGGGCCUUACUGUGCAGUCUGAUCCUGGGGGUAGCCUCAAAGGUAAACACCAGCCAACACCAGGAGUUCUGAAUCUGGAUCAGGCAGAAGGUCUAGAAGAGACAGGACCUCUAGGUUUGCAAACUGCCCCUGGUGAUGUCAAGUGUACAAGUAGCAAGGUGUUAACUGCAGCCAGGCCUCAUAUAGGGCCAUUCCAUGAAAGAGUCCGCUUAGAGGCAAGUGGCAACAUUCGCAAUAUCAGAAACCCAGGCACUGUGGAGGAUCAUCUAGAUCAGUCAAUCAGUGACCUGAAAAAGAGAGGGACUAUUGAGCUUGCCAGCGUUGAGUCUAUUAGUUGGAACUGCACAAAUCAUCUUUGGGUCCUUGAUAAGAACACAAACAAUAACUGUUCUGACACUGAUGUCGAUGAGGAAUGUCAGGAAAGUCACCAUUAUCAGUUAACUUUAUCUAAAAAACAGAUGAGUAAAUCAGCCCUACAACCAAUGAGAGCGAGGACAAUCAAAUGCAAUAAGAGAAGAGCUGCAAAGACAACUGUACGUACUGUUUCAAGUGUCAGUAGUCUUACGUCAGUGAUUCUGACUGAUAUGGAUGAUCUGCUAUUAACCACAAUGGUCACUCUUCGCACACUUAGAAAAUGUUUGUCAAAAGCAAGUAGUGGAUCUAAUUCUAACAACAACUGUGAUGAGCAAAUUUCAGCAGAGAGAGACACACAACCUGUUAACAUGCCAUAUAAUAAGUCAAGAUCAUCAUACCCAAAAGUAAACGCAAGUCCAUCCGGUGCCUGCCAACCCAAAGUACCUACUCAAACUGUAAAUGUUAACAUUCAACAUCCUACAUAUCCUUUAUAUUGUUCAAUGGUUAAAGAUGAACCUAUCAAAAAAAACAUUUUACUUCGUGAGACACUGAGGAACAAUUUCAACCUGAUCAAAGAAAUUAGCAAGUGUAUCUGCACCUGUAAAGACGCCAUCAUGUUCGUGAAACCUGGUGAAAAAGAGUCGUACACAAGUUUUCUUAAGCAACAGUACUUGAAGUCUCUGAGACACUGUCCUUUACACUCUUGGGAAGCUUCAAGGCCAUAUAAACAAAAGAUUCUCAAACUGCUGGACCGUCUGUGCAAUAAAGUUGGGACAGGUCAAACCAAGAUAAGACACAAAGGAAAACUUAAACGUGGUUCAAGGAAGCAAGUGAGAAGUGUCAUGAAGCUCGGUCAAAGAUGUCCAACAUCAAAGCCGGUCAGAAACCAGGGGGAGCUAUCUGCUGCCAGACAUUACCUAGCAUCCUAUGUAAACAAGCAUUAUAAGAAGGAGAUGCUGAGGAGAUUUUUACAGGACAGAAAAUGUCUUCGAAGUAGUAUGUUAUCAGGUGUAGAAGAGAAUAUACAGACAAAAGAUGUUAAAGACUCUGACAAUAGAUUAUUUGACACUAACAAGAAGACUCAAAGCUCAAAAUGUGAUGUGAAUCAUUCUACUGAUGCAGAUCGGGAGGUGAGAAGACAGUUAAAGGCCCAGGACAGGCAUUCUUCCCAGCAGGAGCUCUUCAUGCAGAUUUUGCAGAGGAAGAAGACUAGACAGUGUGGUAUCUCCCAAGAAGAUGCCACUGUUGACAAAAUGAAGGAUGAGUCUGCAUCGGGUGACUGGUACGAGAGGCUCAAGCAACUGAAUAUUCCUGAAGAUGGUCAGCAAAAAGAUGUCGCUCUCAAUUCAGAAUGUUCUGUAACCUAUGAUCAUAAAUAUAUCUCCACUUCACAGAACAAGACAGAAACACACUUCAGGCCAGGAAAACAACGACUUGAAGAAUCUAAAACCAUCAACCACAAUAUAAGCUUCCAGGAAGUUUUCAGUGCUUCUGAUCCCGAUAUCAGCUACUGUGGGAAAGUCUACAUCAAUGAUCUGUCCCUAUCAUAUGUGAUGGAGAAUGGCUACAAGUAUCUACCAUUGAAGCAGGCUAUCCGUCUGCUGCCACGGUGCUGUUGCUCGAUCUUCAAGGCUCUUCUCAGGACACACAAAAGUCUUGUUAGAACUUUCAGCACAUGGGAGCAUGUUCGUCUUCUCGACCUGCUGAGUGGAAAAGGGAAUCAGAACAAGGUCCAAACAGGGGAUAUUCUUGUCAAACUGGACACACUCAUCGCCUGUCUGCCAGACAUUGAAGCUGAGGUGAAGCUCAGGCAUCAGACAAAGAGAUCAAAAAAGGGUUCCACCUGUAAAUACUAGCAGCAGGACAAAUAAACAACUGCUUCUUUCCCAUAAUACACAACAAUCAGCCUUAGGCUCCUGAAGGACCUCUCUGCUCAACAGACAUCCAUUUAACACACCCAUAAAGUGCACAAAUAAUUGCACUACUUCUGGACCAAAUAAAUACACUGACAUACAAAAAAAGGACUUCCAAUAGAAUGUUAUCUUUCACUCCUAGUCAGUGGAAUGUUUAUUUUGAGAAGUAAAACAUAAAGAAGGUGUGUAUCUUGAAUGACAAAAUCUAUAGAUUCUAGGGCUAGGACGAGUCCGAAUUCACUACCCGGGUACCCCUAUCACCCGACCCUACCCGGGUACGGACUGUGGGUCUUAAGAGAUAGGUACAAAAUAUCCGAUUGGGCAUUUUUUUUACCAUAGCACUGGCAAAAUGUAUUAACAUAGUG